AUGCAUGAAAAUGCACCUGGUGACUACACCGACCCUCCCACUCCGAUCAGUUUGACCGCGUUCGGCCACUCUCGGGGCCAACUCAGUCGGUCUGUCUGCAAUCUCUCCAGUCCUGCUACCGGUGCCGUUUCCGUCGGGCCCGCUUCGAUUCUGCCCCACACCGUCACUGAGUCGGCCGGGUCGACCGUCGCGAGCUCUUCUGCCACCACCGCCUGUUAUGCCUCCGUGGCGCCGAGGGGCGCCAGAAACGGCCAGAACCCGGGCACAGGCGAGCGCACCUCCCCUCCACUGCGGCCCCAUUACGCCGUCCUCCAUGCUCCCACAGGGUCCCGGCCGCUACAGCCCACUCCAACGGCUCUGGGCACCAGCGCUCUGCUUCACACCAGACUCUUGCCAGCGCCCACGUCUGGCAACCCGGACGACCGGCUCUGUCUAACCGCCGGAAAGAAAGCGGGAUUGGGCUGCGAGAAUAGAGCAGACUCAGCAGUACCUCAUGUCGGGCGGCUCGAUGGCGGCUUUUCUGCUGCUGUUGUCAAUGCCUCAGGUUCCACACCGACUAGCGGCGCGUCGGCCUCGUCAGGCCUUCUCUUAACUCAGCCUCCUUUGAGCGCCAUGGAAAUGACAAAUCGACCGGCGCUUUCAAAUGCUCUCUCCAGACUUGUAUACCCUAUUAAUAACGGGUAG